ACACCAAAAAAAAAAAAAAAAAAGAGAAAAAAAGCUCGAAACAAAUUCUGCAAUCGUUCUAACGCAUUUCUGGAAACGCUAAAGCUCGCAGCAAACGUAAUCGUGAAAGAGAGAGGAUCACUAGGAUUUUGUGGAGUCUUGGUUACUGGAGGAAUCGAUUCUUGGCGUAUGUCUCUUGAGAAUACUGGGAGAGAUCAGGAAAUGGCAGUAAUUCAACAAACUCCUAACAUGCCUUCUCUACCGGUGGAUUAUUCCAGAAAGAGGAAAUCGAGGAGUAGAAGGAAUGGGACUAAAGAUGUAGCAGAAACACUUGCAAAAUGGAAAGAGUAUAAUGAGAGGCUUGAUUCUGUGGAUGGUAUGGGCAAGCCAGCACGUAAAGUUCCAGCGAAGGGAUCAAAGAAAGGGUGUAUGAAGGGAAAAGGAGGCCCGGAGAAUGGGCACUGUAACUAUAGAGGUGUUCGACAGCGAACAUGGGGUAAAUGGGUUGCUGAAAUUCGAGAGCCAAAUAGGGGUAGCAGGCUUUGGUUGGGUACUUUUGGCUCUGCUAUUGAAGCUGCCCUAGCCUACGAUGAAGCUGCAAGAGCGAUGUAUGGCCCUUGCGCACGUCUCAAUCUUCCAAACCAUACCUCAUCAAAAGAAUCAUGCUCCCCAAUGCUUCCAAAUUCUACCUCAUCAGGAGACUCCUCUUCUGCAGAAUCUACUUCACCGCCUACUACAUCAGCAUCCGAGUCUACUACAGCUUCUAGCCUUUCUAACAUAUAUCCCGCUAAUAAAACAAAGGUUGAGAAUGAGCAUGGUGCAUACAAGAUAAAACAUGAAGAUGGCAGGAUUGAAUCAGGAAUUGAUGGGACGAGACCACCUUUCCAAGACACUGGCACACCAGUGAGUUCAAUGAAGCAAGAACCGAAGAGAGAGCUUCUCGACUCUAAUAUAAAACAAACGGCUCCAGACAGAGCAAAACAAGAAGCAGCUAGUAUUAAUCAUCAAGUAGACGCAGCACAAGAUUUUCUGGAUAACUUUUCAUGGGAUGAAAUGUUUGAUGUGGAAGAGCUAUUAGGUGCUCUAGAUACAACUGCCCCAAAUGCUCCAGGUAGUUUUGCAAACAUUGGACAAGGAGGGCAAGCAGCCUAUAGUUAUAGCCAAUCUCCAAAUUUGUCAUCUCAGUUGCUUAAACCAGACGCUAGAGCACUGGGAAAUCUACAGCCGAUGGAGCAGUACGCUUCUGCAGGAGCCAAUAAUGGUCUCGACUUUCUGAAACCAGGGAGGCAAGAAGAUAAUGGUCUCGACUUUCUGAAACCAGGGAGGCAAGAAGAUCUCAACUUCAGCUUGGACGACUUGAGUUUUCUCGAGCUGGAUUCCCAAUUGGGGGGGAUUUGAAGCCACAAGAUCUUGGUUGUGACAUAAUAGAGGGAAGCUAGAAUAGCAGAAACAGAUAGGGACUAGUUUUGCUUAUAGUGUUCAAGUCUCUCCGAGUCUGCCAGACUUGGGUUAAUAAGACAUGAAAAUUAUAAGAUUUUACUGGCUGUAGUUUUUCUUUUGAAUACUUUUAACAGCAUAUCUAGCUGAUUCUCUGCAAGUUUUUGGUUUGGAGAAUUUAGCUGUUUAGAUGGUGGCUGUGGUGUGUAGAGUAUGGCACUGAAAACACAUUCUUUAUGUACAUAAGUGCGAUAGCACUAAUCUAACAUCGGUUAAUUUUUUAUUUUUUUUCCUGCAA